AUGGAAAUUAAACCAGUUGAGGUUAUUGAUGGUGUUCCCGUCUUCAAGCCGUCUAUGAUGGAAUUUGCGAAUUUUCAAUAUUUCAUCGAUGAAAUCACUAAAUUUGGGUUGGAAAAUGGUAUUGUCAAAGUCAUUCCUCCUAGAGAGUGGCUGGAGCUUUUGGAAGGCUCGCCCCCUGCACAAAGCUUAAAGAGUAUACGACUCAACUCCCCGAUUCAGCAAAACGUCAAGCGGUGGGAAAAACAAGAAAAUGACAUUUUCAACAUCAAGAAUGAUUAUGAAGAUAAAUCGUAUAAUUUGAAAGAGUGGAAGGAAUUAGCCAUGAAGUCAGAUUCUCGAAUAAAUCGAGGUUACCAUGGUGAUGAGCCUUUAAAGGAGAAUUGUAAUGUGAAUAAUCAACAAGACUGUUAUGAUUUGGGCCAACUACAAGACUUGGAAACCAAUUUUUGGAAAACCAUUGCUUCAUCGAAACCACUUUAUGCUGUGGACGAAAACUCUUCAUUUUUUCCGUACGAUUUGACUUUGUGGAAUUUGAAUAAUUUAUCAGAUUCCAUAAAUUCAACUAAUAGACAGCUACUUUCCGGUCAGUCUAAUUCUAUAUUCGCAUGGCAUUUGGAUGAACAGAACAAAUGUUCUAUAAACUACUUGCAUUUUGGUAGCCCCAAACAAUGGUAUUCCGUACCAUGUGCUAAUACGGACCAAUUUUUAGACGUCCUAUCAAAGGGGCUACCACCUAAUAAGAAGAAUUGUCCCGCUUUCAUAAGGCAUCAAGAAAUUGUAACUUCACCGGAGUUUCUAAAAGGUAAUAAUAUAAAAUAUAAUAGAGUAGUACAGUUCCAGCACGAGUUCAUCAUUACUUUCCCUUAUAGUUUGUAUUCCGGAUUUAAUUAUGGUUAUAACUUUGGUGAAUCUAUUGAAUUCAUACUAGAUCAGCAAACUGCUGUAAGAAGGCAGCCUUUGAAAUGUGUUUGUGAUAGUAAGAAUGAAGAGGAAAAAAAUGGUGUGUUUUCAAAUUUAUCCUACGAUUCUAAUGAAUCAGAGCAACGGGAAUCCAUUACCGAAAACGAUAACGAUUUGUUUCAAAAAGUUCGCAGUUUUGACGAACUACUUAACCACUCCUCUCAAGAAUUACAAAAUCUAGAAGAUAGUAAAAACCCCUUAUUUUCCAACGUUAGUAUGAAUAGACCGCAAAGUACUUCCCUUCGAUCCACUACGCCUAAUGGUGUAAACCAAUUUUUGAAUAUGAAUCAAACUACCAUAAGCAGAAUUUCCUCUCCGUUGCUAUCAAGAAUGAUGGACUUGUCUAAUAUUGUCGAACCUACUUUAGAUGAUCCGACUUCUAAAUUCAAAAGGAAGGUUUUAACUCCACAAUUGCCGCAGAUGAACAUUCCAUCUAACUCUUCUAAUUUUGGCACACCGUCCUUAACAAAUACAAACUCUUUAUUAUCCAAUAUAACUACUACAUCAACUAAUCCAUCAACAACGACAAAUGGCAAUCAAAACCACAAUAAUAUUAUAACUAACGGUGCGAGUACUACCACACCUGCCGUCACUACUAAUAGCACCACUAUCAACAAUAGUACCAAUAACAGUAGUAAUAAUAAUGUUUCCACGGUGCCUUCUUCAAUGAUGCAUUCGUCCACUUUAAAUGGGACUUCAGGCCUAGGUGGCGAUAACGAUGACAACAUGUUGGCUUUGAGUUUAGCCACAUUGGCCAAUAGCGCUACUGCAUCGCCAAGAUUGACAUUACCACCGUUGUCAUCUCCAAUGAAUCCGAAUGGCCAGGCGUCUUUCAAUGGAAAUAUGAUGAAUAAUAGCGGCAAUAAUGGCAACAGUAGUAAUGGUCACAAUACAUAUUCUAACGGAACGGCUACGGCUGCAGCCACUGCCACAUCAGCACCUCACAAUCUGUCCAUAGUGUCUCCUAAUCCAACGUAUAGUCCGAAUCCCUUGUCUCUUUAUUUGACCAACUCCAAGAAUCCAUUAAACUCAGGUCUUGCCCCAUUAUCACCUUCAACAUCUAACAUCCCGUUUCUUAAAAGAAAUAAUGUCGUGACAUUAAACAUUUCAAGAGAAGCUUCAAAGAGCCCCAUAUCUUCUUUUGUCAACGAUUAUAGGUCUCCAUUGGGUGUAAGUAACCCACUCAUGUACUCUUCCACACUGAACGAUUAUUCAAAUGGUACUGGAAUUCGCCAAAAUAGUAAUAAUAUUAAUCCCUUAGAUGCAGGUCCAUCUUUUUCUCCUCUUCACAAAAAACCCAAAAUCCUCAAUGGUAAUGAUAAUAGCAACCUCAACAACAAUAAUUUUGAUUACAGUUUUACCAGUAACAAGCAAGAACCUAAUUCGACAAUCUUAAACAAUAAUACUAAUAGCAACGAUAAUUAUCGUACUUCUUCAAUGAAUAACAACGGUAACAAUUAUCAUGCACAUUCUUCUAAAUUUGGUGAGAAUGAGGUCAUUAUGUCAGAUCACGGUAAAAUUUAUAUUUGUCGAGAAUGCAAUAGGCAAUUCUCUUCCGGUCAUCACUUAACGAGGCACAAGAAAUCAGUUCAUUCUGGUGAAAAACCACAUUCUUGCCCAAGGUGCGGUAAAAGAUUUAAGAGAAGAGACCAUGUUCUACAGCAUUUGAAUAAAAAAAUUCCGUGUACUCAAGAAAUGGAAAAUACUAAAAUAGCGGAAUCAUAG